ACCAAACACACACCUGCUCUCUCCUCUUCUUUAGUUUGCGUCGGCUGACCCGACUCGGCCCGGCAGCCCAUUUACCCCCGACCAUUUACGGAAAGUACAGGGACGAUAUAAAACUGGUGGGCCGGCAUGUGCUCGCGUCAGUGAGCUUUCGGCGUUGGAAGAUCGCGCGCCGAGUGUGUCGGGUACGGGCGAAUCAGGUUUGCGGUGAAUUUUGAACGGUAACGCAUCGAUAGACGGACACGCCAGUCCGAUAAAGCGGACAGCCAACUUGUUUCCCGUUCGUAUCGUUAAACAUGAACGGGGGAACGCGGUUAUUUCGUCUAACGUUUCUCCUCGCAGUCGCGGUCGGAGAAAUGUACGCCGACGAAAACAUAUCGGAUGCGAUACGAUCGUUACAGGAACAGGUAAACGCGCUUCUGGACCACAGGCAGCAGGAUUACAAUGCCCUGGAAGAAAGCUUGAAACGCACCAUGGAAAAAAAUACCGAGUUGUUCGUCCUAAAGAACGAGGUGAAACAACUCAGAAAAGAAGUGAACGCGCUUCGCGGUGGGAACGGGAACGAGGCGAAAAACGAGAGACUGCGAGUCAGAUGGUUGGGAAGCGCGGUGUCCGAGCUUCAGGGAGAAGUUGCCGAUGUUCUCCGAACUAGAAACGUCAGCGAGGAGCUGGCGGAGAGGUCCAGGAUGAAAGGCGAGCUCGCUUUGUUGAAGGGAGACAUCGCCGCAGUUGGUAGAGGAAUUCAAAAUCUUGGCGGUAGAAUCGCCAAGCACGAGGCUGCCCUGGGUACGAUUCGCGUCGAUAUCUCCGCAGUCACGGAACGCUUCAGCCUUCUGUCUCGCACCUGCGCCGACAUUGCUAGUCAGCUGAGCGCGGUUCAAAUCGAGGUGAAAUCUAUGGGAUGCGAGUCGUCGUCGACGUCGUCGUCGAUGGACACCGGCAAAGGAAAAGAUUCGCAUGGGGCAGGGACCCGGUGGUCGUACAGUUGGACCAAGGACCAGCGGAACAAGAUUCCGGAGGACUCGACGGACGCGGUCGCGGUACGCCGCCGAGUCUCCAGACGGCACGGUUAUUCCAGACGAAGCGAGGACCGGUUGAAAAACUUGGAGCGCAAAGUCUCUCUUCUGACGCAGAGGCGAGUCACGUUGCUGGACGCGAGGCGCGUCGCGUACGAGAAGGGCGAAUGGUUCACGAUCAAUCUGAGCAAACGGAUGAAAAGCUUGGAGAAGAAUCAAGUCGAUUUGUCGCGACGAAUCGCGGACGCGAACGAGAACACGAACGAGAACGCGAUCUCGAUUAAACGCAUCGGUGAGUCUGUCGGCUCGCGACUGACCGGCUCGUUGCGAACCCUCGAAGAGAUCGUCGAGACCAACAACUCCGCGAUCAAAGAAGAAUUGGCUCGGCUAGCCGUGAACGCUGCGCGAAAAGCGGCCGAGCUCUCGUUGACCCGGGAGGAAUUGAGCAACUUGCGACGCGCCGUGCAGGCGCUGAGCGUCAGCGCGUCGAAACUUCAGGAGAAGAGCGAUCGUCAGCGGGAAGCCGUGGACCGAUUGAAUCGUAGCUGUUUCAACGAAUUCACUCGGGGUGCGGCCGCUUCCGCCUCGCAGUCCGAAUCAAAGUCCGACUCACCGCCUCUGGUGAACGGUUCCGAACUCGAAAUUAAGCUAGAACCGAAACUCGAGCAGUUCGAAGACCGUUAUCAUCUGAUUGUCGACAAACUGCCAACCAGUUGUCAAGAACAGUCGGCCGAUCGCCCGGCCAAGGACGGACUCCGGCUCGUAGACGCGGGUCGGGGCCGCAAACCCAUUAUGGUUUAUUGUCGCGGCGGUUGGCUCGUCGUUGGACGCCGCGUCGACGGCACGCUCGAUUUCAAUCGCAGCUGGAACGAUUACUCUGUGGGUUUCGGCUCGCCGGUCGGCGAGUACUGGAUCGGCAACCAGAUCCUGCACGAGUUCACUCGAGACAAUUGCACGCGGCUUCGCGUCGACAUGCUGGACAUUUACGGUGAACGUUGGCGAGCCGAAUACGAGCUGUUCGCGAUUACUUCCGGAGAGACGGGUUACAGAUUGCUGAUCGACGGUUACACCGGCAACGCGACCGACGCGUUGUCCUACCAAAACGGAAUGCCGUUCAGCGCCAAGGAUCGCGACAUGGACGACAGCGCGGCACACUGCGCCGCAAACUACCACGGAGGAUGGUGGUUUAAUCGUUGCCAACACGCGAAUCUCAACGGCAAAUACUCGUUGGGCUUGACUUGGUUCCGCUCCGACACCGACCAGUGGAUGUCGAUCGCCACCUCGGAAAUGUCUGUGCGCAGGAAUUCGGACUGUCGCCGAUCGCGGUAGCUUCGCAACCACCAUUCCACGACCAUUUUCCCUAUACCAAAGACUACCCAUCGAUCGUGCUACAUCGCAUCGUAGGUGCGAUCGACCGGCACAGACUUGCUCGCGCUGAACCGUGCUCAACCGUGCUCAACCGUGCUCAACCGUGCUCAACCGCGCUCAACGUUUCUCGUUCGCCGGUCACACUCACUCGCCAACUCGAAUUUCAAUUCGACUC